AUGAUUCCUAAAGUUAUAUUGUUGACUCAAAAGCUUUUUGAGAAUGUUGAUCAAUAGUAACAAUAAUCCCAAAUUCUUCCUUGCAAUUAUCAACAUGAUAUUGAUGUAUCAACUACUAAUUCAUGAUUAGUUAAUUGUCGAUCAAAUAAAAUAUGAAUUAGGAAAUGUCGAUCCUAAAAUAAUUAGAAACUAUUCAUACAAAAUAAUUGAAGUAUUCUAAGAUAAUAUGUUUAAGUUGCAGUCUAUUAGUAAUGAAAUCUAAGAUAUAAAAGUUUAAUUAGACAUCUAUUUCUAGAUUCCAUCAAAUCUAAAAAAAAAGUAAGCUUCAUUAAUUUAUCAAGAAAACAAAUAGUAACUAUUUCUUACAAUUUUAGGAAUAUUAAACAAAUCAAAUUACUUAUACAAAAGUAAUUAAAUGAUUUAUCAGAACUCAGUGAUGUUACAGAUGUUGAGAACUAUGUGGAAAAUGAAUAUGAAAAAAUUUACAUUUUCAGAUUAUCAUAGAUAUACUAAAAUGAAAUAGAUAAUUUACAAUACUAGUUUCUAUAAUCACAAAUUAACAAUAAUGUCAACUUUAAUAAAUUGAAUGAGAAAUUUAUAGGUAUUAUUAAUGAUUAAACAUUUAUUAAAAUAUCAUGCUAAAUUCAUAAAUACAUUAUCUUGUUGAAUUUAAUUGAUGAAUAUAGAGAUAAAUUAUUUGAAAUUAUUAAAAGUAAAUCCUUCUCAACUGAAAGUUUUAUUUAAUAAAAGAGUAAAUAAAAAGCAAGAUCCCUUUAAUAUGAAUCUAUAUCCUCUUUAGAUUUAAUUGAUGAUGAAAAUAAAAUUAAUAAAAGAUAACAUCCCUUAUUCAAAUAAGAGGAUAUUAAAAAUAAAAGAUUUGAGAACUACCCAGAGGCUUGUGUUAAAUGUUAAAUUUUUUGA